CGUGAGGAAUAUGUAGUGUCAUGCCGGAAAGAGAUGAUUUAGGAUAGAGAAACUUUACUUUGAAAUACAUCACCAGAACAUUAAACGCUUUAUGCUAGUGUGAGUUCUCCAGAGGCUAACGUGUAGCUUAAGUUCAUGGAAGCAUGUACAGGAAGGCUGACAGUAGAAACUGAAACUGGGACCGUUUGUGUUGUGAGUCGGAGUUACAGCCCAUCCGCUGGAAGCUGCUGGUUGGUUCUCUGGUCAGGGCAUCACUAUGGCAUCAUGGAUAUUUCAUAUGUAUGUGAUGGUGCUGUUGACCUUCAUCAGCUGCAGCCAAAGCAAGAGGGACAAAGUCCUCUACUGUUCCGCUUGUAAGGCGAUUGUGGAUGAGCUGAACUACUCAAUCAGUCAGGUGGACCCAAAGAUGACCAUUAAUGUAGGGAGCUUUAGACUCAACCCUGAUGGGACCAUGACAGACAAAAAGGUCCCGUUUGCUCGCUCAGAAACGCACCUCAGUGAGCUCCUGGAUGGGGUGUGCGACAGCAUGAGUGACUAUGCCCUCUACUUUGACCCGGACACCCACCACAAGCAGUACAGGAGAUUCGCUCCAAGAGUCAGUGGAUCCUCAGAAAACUUCCCAGACUUUGAAAACUUCAAGUUUGAUGGACCUGAGGCAUCCAAUAACCUGAAAUUUGCUGUAAGUUCACAAUGGCAUGACUGAAUUAUUGAACACACUAUAGUUGUGACAUACAUGAUUGUUCUAUUUGCAUAGAAUGGACUCAAUGCUGAGCAGAUUCUGUUUCAUGUGUUGACUAAAAUAUUUAAACAGCUGCAA